UCGCGCUGCGGGCGGGGCGGGGGGGAGGAGGAAGGAGGAGGCAGCGCUCCGGCGGCUCCGCGCCCCGCACUGCCGGAUCCGUGGCCGGGAAGGUAGGUGCCGUCCCGCCGCCGGGCCCGGGCCCGGGGUCUGCCCCCGCCGGCCGGGCCCGCACGCCGCGUCCCAGCGCCCGCGCCCGCGCCACCGGCCCGCACGUACCCACAGCCGCCUCCACCCGCCUCGGGCCGGGGACGUUGGCCGCCCCGGCGACGUCAGCGCGUCCGGCGUUGCUUGGCUACCCCGCCGUGCCCCCUUCCCGCCGCCGCCCGCCUCCCCCGUGAAACUGACGUCGUCCCGGCGGCUCUCGCUGCGCCCCGGCUGCGGGCACCCCACCUUCACGUCCACUCCUCACCUGGACACGCAUCCCUCCCUCCCUGCCAACCUCUCCCCUCCAGCCCCUGCGCCCGACCUGACGGGAGAAGAUGGAGACCGGGGUGGGACCGAGUUGUGAACCGCGCUCAGGAGAGGGUCGCAAGUUAAAUAAUGGCAGAGACGAGUCUGUUAGAGGCUGGGGCCUCUGCAGCGUCCACAGCCGCGGCUCUGGAGAACUUACAGGUGGAGGCCAGUUGCUCUGUGUGCCUGGAGUACCUGAAGGAGCCUGUCAUCAUUGAGUGUGGGCACAACUUCUGCAAAGCUUGCAUCACCCGCUGGUGGGAGGACCUAGAAAGGGACUUUCCUUGUCCCGUCUGUCGAAAGACCUCCCGGUACCGCAGUCUCCGGCCUAAUCGUCAACUAGGCAGUAUGGUGGAAAUUGCCAAGCAGCUCCAGGCUGUCAAGCGGAAGAUCCGGGAUGAGAGCCUCUGCCCCCAGCAUCAUGAGGCCCUCAGCCUCUUCUGCUAUGAGGACCAGGAGGCUGUAUGUUUGAUAUGUGCAAUUUCCCACACCCAUCGGGCCCACAACGUCGCACCCCUGGACGACGCCACGCAGGAGUACAAGGAAAAGCUGCAGAAGUGCCUGGCGCCUCUGGAGCAGAAGCUACAGGAGGUCACCCGCUGUAAGGCCUCGGAGGAGCAGAAGCCUGCAGAGCUCAAGAGGCUAGUGGAGAGUCGCCGACAGCAGGUCCUGAAGGAAUUUGAAGAGCUUCACAGGCGGCUGGAUGAAGAGCAGCAGCUGUUGCUGUCCCGCCUGGAGGAGGAGGAACAGGACAUUCUGCAGCGCCUCCGAGAAAAUGCUGCUCACCUCGGAGACAGGCGCCGCGAGCUGGCCCACCUGGCUGCUGAGGUGGAGGGCAAGUGCUUGCAGUCGGGCUUCGAGAUGCUUAAGGAUGUCAAAAGUACCCUGGAAAAAUGUGAAAAGGUGAAGACCAUGGAGGUGACUUCAGUAUCCAUACAGCUUGAAAAGAACUUCAGCAGUUUCCCCCGACAGUACUUUGCCCUAAGGAAAAUCCUUAAGCAGCUAAUUGCGGAUGUGACCCUGGACCCGGAGACUGCUCAUCCGAACCUCGUCCUGUCGGAAGAUCGGAAGAGCGUCAAGUUUGUGGAGACAAGACUCCGGGACCUGCCUGACACACCUCGGCGCUUCACCUUCUACCCUUGCGUCCUGGCCACGGAGGGCUUCACCUCAGGCCGACACUACUGGGAGGUGGAGGUGGGCGACAAGACCCACUGGGCAGUGGGUGUGUGCCGGGACUCUGUGAGCCGAAAGGGCGAGCUGACCCCACUGCCGGAGACUGGCUACUGGCGGGUGCGACUGUGGAACGGAGACAAAUAUGCAGCCACCACCACGCCUUUUACUCCUUUGCACAUCAAGGUGAAACCCAAGCGGGUGGGCAUAUUCCUAGACUACGAGGCCGGCACACUGUCUUUUUACAAUGUCACAGACCGCUCCCAUAUCUACACCUUCACUGAUACUUUUACUGAGAAACUAUGGCCCCUCUUCUACCCAGGCAUCCGGGCUGGAAGGAAGAAUGCCGCACCGCUUACCAUCAGGCCCCCGACAGAUUGGGAGUGACAGGGAGGGCCGGGGGAUCACUGGGACGAGGCAGGAUCAAGAGCUACGGGCCUUCCUUCCUGUGACCUGCGGGAGCAGCUUCGCGUCUGCCUGUUCCGGUCCUGAGCCCGGUGUCUAGAGUGGUUCAUGUGGAAGCGUAGGCAGGACUGGUCCGGUGAGAGCACAGCUGUGUCUCCUCCUGUCGGGUGGGGAGCAGGCUCCCAAGGACUCAAUCCCCUGAAGCCCAUCAGGCUUUCUGUUGCACAGGACGGGUCGGGAAGGGAGGAGGGGCUUUUCCAGAAGCAAGGAGUCUGUGGGAGGGUGUGACACUCAAACCAGAGGCGGGAACAAGCCCGUGGACACGUGUUGGGGGCCCUUGAACGCAGAGUAGUUAUGUUUCUUGAGGAAGAACACAGAGGCACGCAAACCUCUGGACGGAAUAAAAAUGAAUGACAGUUGCUCUCAUGGGUCUAGGAGUUGAGGACCCACGAGGGCAGAGAUUGGGCAUCCAGAGGUUAGAAAGAAGGUCAGGGAAGGGGCCAAAGGAACAGGUCCCUACAUACUAAUGAGGGAGGGGUUUCUUUGGUCAUCUGUUCCCAGAGUAAGGUUGCCAAUUGCGAGUUGGAUUGGCCAGAGGUAGCAAUGUGGGGAGGAAAGGGGGAGGAGGAGGAGGAGGACCCAGGCUCCUGUCAGCCUUCAGCAGAGCUGGCUUAUUGCCUGCCUCCUUAGAGCUGAUCAUCUCCAAGAAGCUGGUCAUCUUACUCUUCAGGGAUGCGUGGCCAGAGACCCUGCAAGACAGUCUGCCCUUUUACUGCUUUCCCAAGGGAACGUGGAAAGGAGAGUCCGGUAUUGGAGGAAAGAGAAAAAUAUUUCUAUCCAAAGCUCUUGCCUUAAGGAAUGUUACUAAAUAGUUACUCCCAAGUUGUCAACUUUCUUACCUGGAUAAAGUGUCUAAGCCAGAAAGGGAGAGAGGGAAGAGUCUUCUCGCCCUGAGGAAAGGGUAGAAGAGGGUGGUGUGUGUAGGGAAGGACCAGAUGGGCAACUUCCUUGUGCCUGCGUGCAUCUGGCCUGGAACUAGUGUUCACAAGAGCCAGUCUUUCGCUUGUUUGCUGCCAUCCCUCACCGUUCGCCAUUUCCCCUAUCAGAAUGUAAGUCAUUUAAUGUUAGGCCAAAAUAAUCCGUAGGGUACAUGUCAAAAAAGGCCAAGCGAUGCAUGCCACACCAAAUCGACACGACUUGAACCAUCUGCUGCUCGGGUAAUGGGGUUCACAGAAGGUGGGACAUGCUGCAGGUUAGUGAGGGCAUUUCAGUUCCUUCGACCACCUCAACGGGACUCUGUCCAGACUCUCCUCUUACCUUUGUGCCUUGACUGUGGUUCUUUGUGGCAAGAUGCUUUGGCUGGUAAACAAUAUGGAACAAAGGAUCCACUGACGUGCUCUUUGUGCUGUGUGGUGAUUCGAUGGCCGCCACUGCCGAUGUGUCAGAAGCACUGGGUGCUGAAAAUGCGUGUUCCCGGGCUCAUCCCGAGUGACUGAUCAGCUGUGGGCCUGGGCACCUGCGUUUUAGGCAUACUCCUUCCAUUUGCGCCUGGGGACACUUGUAAAACACUUGUGAAGAGGUUUCAGCC